AUGCCGGCUGCGACAGGGACUGGGAAGAAAGUGCGUGUUUGGAGGCUGUCAGGGGAGGAAGCGGCCAUUGUUGCCAUCUCAGAGAAUCUGAGCCGUGUGCAUCAUCUAAAGCAGCAUUUGCAGCUACUUCUUGGGGUCCCACGUUUCCGGCAAAGAGUCUUGCAUGGAAAUGUGAUCUUGGAUGACUACAAACUGCUUGGCUCGAAUCUAGACCUGCAGCUGGUGGUGCUUCCGUUUAUCACCACGUCCGAGAGGGAUGCAGACAGAUUCAUAAGAUCAGUGUACUCUGGCUACUUGGUGGGGCACAUGUUGCAAAAUCGGCACGAUCCGAACUUGGCCGUGGACUUCUUCAACGAGCGCCUCACACCCAUCCAGGCUGCCGCCAAGCAAGGCCACAGAAGGAGUGUAAGCUUGUUGCUGGAGGCUGGUGGAGACAGAAACGGUGCUCUUCGAGCAGCCUUGGGAGCAGGUCAGGUGCAGAUUGUCCGCAUGCUAUGGGAACGGCCGGGGUCCCAAGAUCUGACCACCAGGGCCUACCGUGAUAGUUUGGCAGCUGCAUCGACCACCCAUAACGAGCAAGGCUUCUUUGACUGGGGCUGGCCCUGGGCUGUCCAGGGCUCACUGGUGGGCUCGUGGAAUUCUCCAGAUGUCCGUCGCAGCUUCGCCGUGGGAUUGUUGGCUUGGUCCUACCUUGUCAUCCUGGGAUUGCCCUUCGCCGGGUUGGUACUUACCUUGACUGCGGUCAUGACCUUGAACUUCAAGAUUCUGCUCUUGCUGCUGUCGUCAAGGACCAUGGCAGCCGCAAAGGCCUGCAAAUGCGGUUGCGGGAGACGGCGAGGCCCACACAAAGUUCAUCAGAAUGCGCUUGCUGAAGCCAGGCCUUGGGCUUGA